AAUGACGUUUUACUAACGUAGAUCAUCAAAUUCAAUCGGGUAUAUAAGAAGAGUUAAGUUUGGAACUGCUACAGACGGUACAUCUUAAUCAACUAAUAAUGAACUUCAGUUUCUUAAUUUUGUUGGUUCUUUUUACUGCAGCAGUCUCUGUCAGCUACGAGAACAAAAUAGCAGAAGAAAUCAAUGAGUUGGAGAAGGAAUUACUCGCAGAAACAGUGAACAGGCAGAUACUGGAAACUGAUGAACAAGACAUCAAAUCAUUGAAUCAUGCUGCUUCAAGAGUGAAUAACAAAUUUAGAGAACGCGGCUAUAAACGUCACUAUGGGCGUCCAACAGCAGGGAAAAGAAACGAAAUAAAUCAUGAUAAAACACAUAGAAUUUUACAGGCCAUUGGAAGAGAGCAUGACAAUCGCUUAGCUCAACUCCUAGCUCCAAACAAAAAGGAUACGAACAAAGUUGGACAGAAAGCAAUAACAAAGAAAGGAAGAAAACUGAACAACAAAGACAAAAACAAAAAAGGUCGUAAAAAGGGGUACAUGUUUGAUAAACCAGAGGAUCUUGACGCUGAUUCUGAGUUUUCUUAUUUGUUGGAUGCGAUGAGUGUGGAUUUGCACGGACAUGUUCAUCAGCCCAAAGGAAGACAUAAUGAUAAGAAAAAGACCAAAGGGGAAGAUCUAGAAAGAGACCCUCCAGUUCAACUCAAAAGAAAUUUCAUAAGUACUUUUCGGUCAUGGCCGAAUGGAAGGGUACCCUAUGAAAUUGAUACCGUAUUUGAGGCAACAGACAGAGAUAUAAUUGAGAGCGCUGUACAAGAAAUUAAUGAUCAAACGUGUUUAAAUUGGGUACCACAUGAUGGUACACCAGAUGUACCAUAUAUUAAGAUUAUAUCUGCUAGUGGUUGUUGGUCGUACGUUGGAAAUGUCAACCGUUUUCCACAAGAACUAAGCUUGGGAAAUGGCUGUGUAAAUAAAGCAACAGCCGUUCACGAAAUGAUGCAUGCCAUUGGUGCUCAGCAUGAGCAGACGAGAUCAGACCGUGAUGAUUACAUGACUAUUAUAGAAAAGAAUAUACAAAGUGGAAGGGAAGGUAAUUUCCAAAAACAACAAACCAUGAACAAUCAUCCAUUGGAUGCAGCAUCUGAUAUGAUGUACGGAUUAUCUAGUUUCUCUAAUAAUGGAGGCAAAACAAUUAAGUUUAACGACUGGCGUCUAGAGUUCCAGGCAGAUAGUGCAACUGGCUUAAUGUUCUAUGAUGUGGCUGAUAUAACCACGGCUUAUACAUGUACAGCAUCUUGUGGCACGCUCCCUUUCCAACCUUGUCAGCAUGGAGGAUUCGUUGAUAAAACCUGUACAUGUAAAUGUCCGGACGUAUUGACAGGAGAGUUUUGUGAGCAGCCAAUUAACAGCGUUACAUGCGGAGGUACCAUAGACUUAACAGCUGGAGAGACAACAAUACUGACAUCACCAAACUAUCCAAAUAAUUAUGGUCUUGGCUCAAAAUGUACAUGGUUGAUUAAAGGGGUACCAGAAAACCUUAUUAGAGCCACUAUUACAGAUAUGGAAAUCAGCAAUAACGACAAUGCUUGUUAUCACUGGUUACAGAUUCGUUAUCACCUACUUGGCAAUAUGGGGCCAUUGAGAUGCGGAAGUACGGACAUUGAAGCGAAUGAGAUAUGGGAUACAACAGUAGAUGAAGAAAUGAAUACAAUGAUCAUCAUAUUUGACAGCGAUGUAGGCAGUGAUCAGGCAGCAUCUAGAGGAUUUAGUAUGACCCUUCAGUCCAUUGGAACAGGUUGUGUUGAUUACCCGUGUAAGCAUGGUAAAUGCGAUAGUGCACUAAACACGGACAGCUACACAUGUACAUGCGACCAGGGAUUUUCGGGAACUAACUGUAGUAUACCCUCAGUGUUUUCGGCUUUUAGUUGUACUGUAGAGGUUGGUUCACCUUGUAUGUUAGUUCAAGAAGAAAAUGAUGAUAUCUUCGAUUGGGAAACUCGUUCUGAACCGGCACCUCUUAGUGCUUAUACUGGUCCCAAAGCUGCUAAAGAGGGAACUAUAUACCUUUAUACAAAGACUUGGAAUAAACGGGUACAUAACGAUACAGCCAUUAUGUAUACAGAUAUGAAUUUACCAAAGGUUCAGAGGUGCUUAUCUUUCUGGUAUCAUAUGUACAGUUACUACUCAGCAGACAUGGGGACAUUAAAUAUUUAUAUGUCAGACGAUAGUGGGUCUACUUUAUUGUUCACAAAAUCUGGCAAUCAAGGCAACAUCUGGAAGCAGGCAGAAAUAGAAAUACCUGAUGUAGAUAAUUUGAAGAUUACAUUUGAAUCCAUAACUGGUGAUACUCUAUAUAUGUCUGAUAUGGCCGUUGAUGACAUUUGGUUAGUUCCAGGCACCUGUGACACUCCUCUUGUACCUCCUACAACUACCACUGCAUCAACUACGACACCAUCUCCAACCACUACGACAACGACUCCAACUACUACCUCAACGACUCCAACUACUACCACAACAACUCCAACUACUACCACAACGACUCCAACUACUACUACAACUACUCCAACUACUACUACAACUACUCCAACUACUACAACAACAACUCCACCUACUACCACAACAACUCCAACUACUACUACAACUACUCCAACUACUACAACAACAACUCCAACUACUACCACAACAACUCCAACUACUACCACAACGACUCCAACUACUACUACAACUACUCCAACUACUACUACAACUACUCCAACUACUACAACAACAACUCCACCUACUACCACAACAACUCCAACUACUACCAAUCUUCCACCAGGUGCAUUCUAUCACUGUGGUUUUGAACAAGGACAUGGAUGUGUCUUCCAAAAUAUUUUAGGCGACAAUUUUGACUGGACUGUUGAUCAUUCUGGUUCAACAAAAAACAAAAAAACAGGCCCUACUAAUGCAUACGCAGGGAGUCAGUACGCUUAUAUUGAAGUAUCUGGAAAACAAAUCGAUGACUUAGCAGUUUUGUCCUCUAUUGAUACAGUACUGCCUUCUUCUACAUUUUGUCUACAAUUUUACUAUCACAUGUAUGGACGUCAUGUUGGAUCGCUUACCGUUUUUACACAGGAAAGAGAUUCCGGAUUGUGGUCUAAUGAUUGGGACCUGUCUGGCAAUCAAGGAGACCAAUGGUCAUUUGCCAGUGUUGAGAUUCCUUACCACGAAGAUCUUGUUAUUGAAUUUGAAGCUUCAAAAGGAGGAACGAGGAACAAAGGUGACAUCGCACUUGACGAAAUUACUCUCACGAACAAUCCAUGUUAGCCAUUUAAUAGAACAAUUGCUUGUAAUGUAGUUAACAAACAUUCCUAUAAAAUUCAAUACUUUAAUUUGUAACAUCUUAAUGGAUGUUCAAGAGAAUGAAUUGAGCAGAUUUUUUAAAUUAAUUUUUCAUUUUUUAAAAUAUAUAUGUAUCACUUUAUAUUCAGUGUUACAUUGUGACACAAUCCCUUGAUAUCUACUAUGUUCAGUGUUACAUUUUGACACAUUCACUUGAAAUCUGUUAUGUUCAGUGCUACAUUUUGACACAUACCUUUGAAAUAUUUGAUGUAAAGUGUUACAUUUUGACUUAUCCUCAUGAAAUAUGUUAUCUAUAGUGUUACAUUCUGACACAUACUUUUGAAAUAUUUGAUAUAUAGUGUUACAUUUCGACUUAUACCCAUGAAAUAUGUUAUGUAUAGUGUUACAUUCUGACACAUACCUUUGAAAUCUGCUAUGUUCAGUAUUACACUUUUCUACCAAUGAAACAUGCUAGGUACAGUGUUACAUUCUGACACACAGGCUAACUCAUAUCUGCGAUGUAAUGUCUUUACUCGAUUUAUAUGUAUUUUUUCUAAUAAACAUGUAUUGCAUCA